AUCGGAGCCUUGUCGCAAUUUGCCGCCAGGUGUGACCAACCAGAAUCCAUUUCCAAGGGAGAGAGAGCAGUGUGCAGCUACUUCUGCCUGUGGCAGUACGCUAGGAAGGGCGCCUCAAUCAGCCUUUUUAGCUAACGGUGGAGGAUUGGUGAGGGAAGUCUUGCACGUUGGGCGGAGUGAUCGCUGCUUACUGUAGCUUCUGAAGUCUGCUGCGAUCAAUUGGCGGUGAUCCAAGCAAGGAAGCCGCUCUGUAGGACCAGCAGCGAUGGCGGCAGUGGCAGUGGCGCGGCCUUCCGAGCAUGGCUUCUCGCAACCGACGAGCUCAGCCGGCCUUCUGGCGAUGCUGGAUGAAGACGAGAGCGUGCUGCAGGUCUACGCUCUGAAGCAGCUCAAUCGGAUUGUCGAUGAGUUCUGGGCGGAGAUAUCUGCAGAGAUCUCAAAGCUAGAGGCGCUGUAUGAAGAUGAAGGCUUUGAAGAGCGGGAGCUGGCAGCUCUUCUGGCGUCAAAGGUUUUCUACCACCUGGGAGAGCUGGAUGAGUCCCUCACAUAUGCACUGGGUGCGGGUCCCCUCUUUGACGUCUCAGAGGAGAGCGAAUACGUCCAGACCUUGGUUGCCAAGUGCAUCGACCAGUACGUCGAGCUGAGCGUCAAGGCAAACGAGUCCAAGGAGAAGCAGCCUCCCCUUGAUACCCGGUUGGUGGCAAUUGUGGAGAGGAUGCUCAACAAGUGCAUCACUGACGGGCAGUACCAGCAGGCAGUGGGGAUCGCUCUGGAGUGCCGGCGACUGGACAAGCUGGAGGAAGCAAUCACAAAGAGUGACGACGUGCCUGCUCUUCUCGCCUACACCCUCCGGGUGUCCCAAACUCUGGUCAACCGGAGAGAGUUCCGCCAUGAGGUGUUGAGGACUCUGGUCAAGCUGUACACGCACUCUGGCUCCCCCGACUACAUCAACAUCUGCCAGUGCCUGAUGUUCCUGGAUGACCCAGCGGGCGUCGCUGCCAUCCUGGACAAACUGGUCAAGGGGGACUCGGACGACGCCCUGCUAGCGUACCAGGUCGCGUUCGACCUCUUCGAGAACGAGUUCCAGCAGUUCCUGCUCAACGUGCGGGACCGCCUCCCGGACCCCCGCGGCCACGCAGAGGCCGGCCACCCCCCCGCCGAAGGCGCCGAAUCCACCCCCCCGGCAGAGGGAGCCACUGCCGCUGCCGAUGCGACUGCCAGUGCUUCGGCUGCGCUGGCGGCAGAAGCAAAGGAUGAGGCGUCCGCGAUGGAGGAGGACACGGGGGCCGCGGAGAGCCACGCCCCCGCGAUCGAGGGGCUCGGGGACCUCCCGAUCGCGACGUACGCGGAGCGCAUGACGCGGCUCAAGGGGGUGCUGUCGGGGGAGACGCCGAUCAACCUCGCGCUGCAGUUCUUGUACAGCCGCAACCGGGCCGACCUGCUGGUGCUCAAGAACAUCAAGGGCGCAGUCGACGUGCGCAACAGCGUGUGCCACGGCGCGAUCAUCUACGCCAACGGGCUGAUGCACGCGGGCACGACCGUCGACACGUUCCUGCGCGAGAACCUGGAGUGGCUGUCGCGCAGCACCAACUGGGCCAAGUUCUCGGCGACCGCGGGGCUCGGGGUGAUCCACCGGGGGCACCUUCAGCAGGGCCGCGCGCUUAUGGCGCCGUACCUGCCGCAGAACGGCGUGAGCGGGAGCCCGUAUUCCGAGGGGGGGGCGCUAUACGCGCUCGGGCUGAUCCACGCGAACCACGGGGAGAGCAUCAAGACGUUCCUGCUCGAGUCGCUGCGCAACACGACGAACGAGAUUAUUCAGCACGGGGCGUGCCUGGGGCUCGGGCUCGCGGCGCUCGGGACUGCGAACGAGGAGAUCUUCGAGGAUUUGAAGAGCGUGCUGUUCACGGACAGCGCGAACGCGGGCGAGGCGGCGGGGAUCGGGAUGGGCCUGCUCAUGGUGGGCAGCGCGAGCGAGAAGGCGGGGGAGAUGCUGGCGUACGCGCACGAGACGCAGCACGAGAAGAUCAUCAGAGGCCUGGCCCUGGGCAUCGCGCUCGUGGUGUACGGGCGCGAGGAGGAGGCGGACACGCUGAUCGAGCAGAUGACGCGCGACCAGGACCCCAUCCUGCGCUACGGCGGCAUGUACGCGCUCGCCAUGGCGUACCGCGCCACCGCCAACAACAGCGCCAUCCGCCGCCUGCUCCACUUCGCCGUCAGUGACGUCAGCGACGACGUGCGCAGGACCGCGGUCAUGGCGCUCGGUUUCGUGCUGUGCUCAGAGCCGGAGCAGUGUCCCCGCAUCGUGGCCCUGCUCGCCGAGUCGUACAACCCGCACGUGCGCUAUGGCGCUGCCAUGGCCGUCGGCAUCGCGUGUGCCGGGACGGGCCUCACUGCCGCGCUGGACUUGCUGGAGCCCCUGCAAAAGGACCCCACCGACUUCGUUCGUCAGGGGGCGCUCAUCGCGACGGCCAUGGUGCUCAUCCAGGAGACGGAGGCCCGGCAACCCCGGGUAGCCGCCUUCAGGAAACACCUGGACAAGGUGAUUGGCGACAAGCACGAGGAGACGAUGGGCAAGAUGGGCGCGAUCCUGGCGGCGGGCAUCCUCGACGCGGGCGGCCGCAACGUGACGAUCGCGCUGCGCUCGCGCAGCGAGCACGACCGCGUGACGGCGGUCGUCGGGAUGGCCGUCUUCACGCAGUGGUGGUACUGGUAUCCGCUCGCGUACUUCCUCAGCCUCACGUUCGCGCCGACCGCGCUCAUCGGGCUCAACGGCGCGCUCCAGAUGCCGCGCCUCGAGGUGACGUCGGCGGCGCGCCCGAGCCUGUUCGCGUACCCGGCGCCGCUGUCGGACAAGAAGGAGGAGGAGGUGAAGAAGGUACCGACCGCGCAGCUGUCGACGACCGCGCGCGCGAAGACGAAAGCGAAGAAGGACGCGGCGGAGAAGGCGGAGAAGGGGAAAGAGGCGAUCGAGAAGGUGGGCGCCAAGGGGGGGAAGAAAGAGGAGGAGAAGGAGGGGGGGGACGCGAUGGAGGUGGAGAAGGAGCCCGAGGCGAAGAAGGUGAAGAAGGAGAAGGAGCCCGAGUCGGAGGUGCUGAGCAACCCGGCGAGGGUGAUCCCCGCGCAGGAGAAGUACGUCCGGUUCCCGGAGGGGAGCCGGUACGCGCCGCUCAAGAAGGUGGCCGCGGGAUGGGUGCUGCUCAAGGAUCUCAAGCCUGGCGAGCCAGAGGAGCUGGUUUCUCAACACGCCCCGGCAGAGCAGGGAGCCGCCGCUGCGCCGGCGGCGGCACCUGCUGCGGCAGGGGGGGCUGCAGCUGCUGCUGACGAAGACGAGCCACCGCCGCCGGAGCCUUUUGAGUUUGUUCCCCAAUAGUACAACGCGUGAUACUAGGGGAAGAGUCGGGGCAGCAAGGGUUCUCUGCUAGAGCUAGCUAGUGCAUGCCACUCUUAUGCAAGGAACACGAAGCUAGCUUUGGGAGUACGUAGCUGAGUGAAGAUAGCAUUGCGGAUACUUCUAUGGUAUCGACCUACUUAAAAGCAGCAUGUCAUGCAUCUUGGUG